UGUCUUCUUCGACCUGCUUAUCAGAUAAUUGGACAUUUAGGGUUAAAUAGGCGGGACUUAAAAAACAACAGCUUUUGAAUCCCAAAAGCUGCACGCACUGCUGUGACUGACUGACUGAAGAUGGAAAAUAUCGGUGCUCUGAGUAUGGACUCUCUCGCCAAACGUUUGGCUGAUAUCUUUGCUGAAGAGUCAGAAAACGAUCAGACGUUUUAUGGAUUCUCCGACAGUGAGACAAGUGAUCUUUUGGACAUCAAGACGUCCGACAGUGGUGACGGCGCCUGUGUGACCAGGACACCUGCCCCUCCUCGCUUCCAACUGAGGGUCAGCCUGCGCUCCCAACAAACUGCUCACCCCUCCAGUGAGGAGGAGGAGAGGAAAGUUGAGGAGAAGAAAGUGAAGAAGGAGAGGAACGUUAAGGAGGAAAUGGAGGACGUGAAGUUGGUGAUGAUGGCAGCUUCUGGGUCUGAUUCGGAGGUGGAGGAACCCAAGUCGUUCCUUGACAAGCGGGCUCAGAACAUCAAAGCCAACAAAGCUAUGUUGGCCAGGCUGAUGGCUGACCUGCAGCAGAUGCCUGGAGGGGAACGGCUGCUGAAGAAUCAGGGAGCCAAGCGGCUCAAAGAGAAGACUUCUCGGCCCCGCUGGUCGGGCCAGGGUGGAGGAGGCUCCAGGAGGAACCCUGAGAGGAUGUCCAGGAGAAGGACCCGCUCCAUGGGGUCGGGCGACGACUCUGCUGCCCCUCCAGAGCUGGAGCUCAGCUUGGAGGACGAGCUGAUGGAGGUCCGGGGAGCAUCUCGUCGCCGUGGCAACCCGCGGCCGUACCAGGGCAAGGCCCACGUGGGGCGGCCGGUGGAGGAGGUGACGGAGGAGGAGCUGGAGCUGGUGGCCGACAGUUUGACGGAGAAGGUUUACAGCAGCUCCACGGGCAGCACGUGUCACCAGUGUCGUCAGAAGACGGUGGACACCAAGACGAGCUGCCGCGGGGAGACGUGUCGGGGGCUGCAGGGCCAGUUCUGCGGCCCCUGCCUGAGGAACCGCUACGGGGAGGACGUUAAAACGGCUCUGCUGGACCCGAUGUGGACCUGUCCUCCGUGUCGCGGGAUCUGUAACUGCAGCUUCUGUCGUCUUAAAGAUGGACGCUGUCCCACCGGCAUCCUGCUCCCCCUGGCCCAGUACCACGGCUUCUCUGAUGUCCACUCCUACCUCGGCAGGUCAGUCCUGCCUCGGCAGUCUUCGUGACAAGCUGAAGACUGUGGAGGAAGAGGAGGGUGUGUUAUCUACAUGGCACAGAUGAAGACCACCGGAUGAUGUAAACAGGGGUUGCCAGUAGAGGGGGCUGUUGAUCAUAGAGUUGCUGAACAGCCACUGGGGUUGGUUUUAGAGGGACGUUCUGUAAUGAAAAGGCAGGCUAAUUGAAUGUUUUGUUCGAUUUCUGUUUCUUUGGUUGCUAUGUUAAGUGUGUAUUGAUGAUUGUUAUUUUAUUACUUGCUGUGUCAUUAAUAAAACUAUUUCACUACA